AUGGCGAGAAGCUUCAUGGGUCCAGCACCGCUUCUGUGGUUCUCCUCUUCCUUCAGGAUAUCUGUGGGGGCACCUGCCUCCUUGUUUGCCAGGGUUUGGAUACCUGAUCCUGAAGAAGUUUGGAAGUCAGCAGAGCUGCUCAAAGAUUAUAAGCCAGGAGAUAAAGUUCUUCUCCUUCACCUUGAGGAUGGAAAGGAUUUGGAAUAUCGUCUAGAUCCAAAGACCAAGGAACUGCCUCAUUUAAGAAACCCUGACAUACUUGUGGGUGAAAAUGACCUCACAGCCCUCAGUUAUCUUCACGAGCCUGCUGUACUCCAUAAUCUCAGAGUCCGCUUUAUUGAUUCCAAACUUAUUUAUACAUAUUGUGGUAUAGUCCUAGUAGCUAUAAAUCCUUAUGAACAGCUGCCUAUUUAUGGAGAAGAUAUUAUUAAUGCAUAUAGUGGUCAAAACAUGGGUGAUAUGGAUCCACAUAUCUUUGCAGUAGCUGAAGAAGCUUACAAGCAAAUGGCCAGAGAUGAACGAAAUCAGUCCAUCAUUGUAAGUGGAGAGUCUGGGGCAGGAAAAACAGUCUCAGCUAAGUAUGCCAUGAGAUACUUUGCAACAGUCAGUGGUUCUGCCAGUGAAGCCAAUGUUGAGGAAAAGGUGUUGGCUUCCAACCCCAUCAUGGAGUCAAUUGGAAAUGCUAAAACAACCAGGAAUGAUAACAGUAGCCGUUUUGGGAAGUAUAUUGAGAUUGGUUUUGAUAAGAGAUAUCGAAUCAUCGGUGCCAAUAUGAGAACUUACCUUUUAGAGAAAUCCAGAGUGGUGUUCCAGGCAGAAGAGGAGAGAAACUAUCAUAUCUUCUAUCAACUUUGUGCCUCAGCAAACCUACCUGAAUUUAAAGUGCUGCGAUUAGGAGAUGCAAAUAACUUCCAUUACACGAAUCAAGGUGGCAGUCCUGUGAUUGAAGGAGUAGAUGAUGCCAAGGAGAUGGCACAUACCAGGCAGGCCUGCACUUUGCUAGGAAUUAGUGAAUCUUAUCAGAUGGGAAUUUUCCGAAUACUUGCUGGCAUCCUACACUUAGGCAAUGUUGUGUUUAUGUCUCGAGAUUCAGACAGCUGCACAAUCCCUCCCAAGCAUGAACCCCUCAGCAUCUUCUGUGACCUCAUGGGUGUGGACUUUGAGGAGAUGAGUCACUGGCUCUGCCAUCGGAAGCUGGCCACUGCCACAGAGACGUACAUCAAGCCCAUCUCCAAGCUGCAGGCCACGAAUGCCCGUGAUGCACUGGCCAAGCACAUCUAUGCCAAGCUCUUUAACUGGAUUGUAGAUCAUGUCAAUCAGGCACUCCAUUCUGCUGUCAAGCAGCAUUCUUUUAUCGGUGUGCUGGAUAUUUAUGGAUUUGAAACAUUUGAGAUAAAUAGUUUUGAACAGUUUUGCAUAAAUUAUGCAAAUGAAAAACUACAGCAACAAUUCAAUAUGCACGUUUUCAAAUUAGAACAAGAAGAAUAUAUGAAAGAACAAAUUCCAUGGACACUCAUAGAUUUUUAUGAUAAUCAGCCUUGCAUUAAUCUUAUAGAAUCUAAACUGGGCAUUCUAGAUUUGCUGGAUGAGGAAUGCAAGAUGCCUAAAGGUACAGAUGACACUUGGGCCCAAAAAUUGUACAACACACAUUUGAACAAAUGUGCACUAUUUGAGAAGCCCCGCCUAUCAAACAAAGCUUUCAUCAUCCAGCAUUUUGCUGACAAAGUGGAAUACCAGUGUGAAGGCUUUCUGGAAAAGAAUAAAGACACCGUUUUUGAAGAACAAAUUAAAGUUCUUAAAUCAAGCAAGUUUAAGAUGUUACCAGAAUUAUUUCAAGACGAUGAGAAGACCAUCAGCCCAACCUCAGCCACCUCUUCAGGGCGCACGCCUCUCACCCGCACCCCUUCAAAGCCCACCAAAGGCAGACCAGGCCAGACAGCCAAAGAGCACAAGAAAACAGUAGGGCACCAGUUCCGAAACUCCCUCCACCUGCUUAUGGAGACCCUGAACGCCACUACACCUCACUAUGUGCGCUGUAUCAAGCCUAACGACUUCAAGUUCCCAUUCACGUUUGAUGAGAAGAGGGCAGUGCAGCAGCUGAGAGCAUGUGGUGUCCUGGAAACCAUUCGGAUCAGCGCAGCAGGUUUCCCCUCUCGGUGGACUUACCAAGAAUUUUUCAGCCGCUAUCGGGUCCUAAUGAAGCAAAAAGAUGUACUAAGUGACAGAAAGCAAACAUGCAAGAAUGUUUUAGAGAAACUGAUAGUGGACAAGGACAAAUACCAGUUUGGGAAGACAAAGAUCUUUUUCCGAGCUGGUCAAGUGGCCUACCUAGAAAAAUUGAGGGCAGACAAGCUGAGGGCUGCCUGCAUCCGGAUCCAGAAGACGAUCCGAGGGUGGCUGCUGAGGAAGAAGUACCUGCGCAUGCGCAAGGCUGCCAUCACCGUGCAGAGAUAUGUGCGAGGCCACCAGGCCCGAUGCUAUGCUAAGUUCCUGCGCAGAACCAAGGCAGCCACUAUCAUUCAGAAGUACUGGCGUAUGUAUGUAGCUCGCCGGAGAUACAAGAUCAUGAGAACUGCCACAAUUGUCCUUCAGUCUUAUUUGCGAGGCUACUUGGCCAGAAAUAGGUAUCACAAGAUACUCCGUGAGCACAAAGCAGUCAUCAUUCAGAAGUGGGUCCGUGGCUGGCUGGCUCGCACCUACUAUAGGAGGAGCAUCCACGCCAUCAUCUACCUCCAGUGCUGCUUCCGACGGAUGAUGGCCAAGCGCGAGCUGAAGAAACUUAAGAUCGAGGCCCGCUCUGUGGAGCGCUAUAAGAAGCUCCACAUCGGCAUGGAGAACAAGAUCAUGCAGCUGCAGCGCAAAGUUGAUGAGCAGAACAAAGACUACAAAUGCCUCAUGGAGAAACUGACCAAUCUAGAAGGAACAUACAACUCGGAGACCGAGAAGCUACGAAGUGAUUUAGAACGUCUUCAGCUAAGUGAAGAAGAAGCUAAGAUUGCUACUGGACGGGUCCUCAGUCUGCAGGAAGAAAUUGCCAAGCUACGGAAAGACCUGGAACAAACUCGGUCUGAGAAAAAAUCCAUUGAGGAACAUGCUGAUAGAUACAAACAAGAAACUGAGCAGCUGGUGUCAAAUCUGAAGGAAGAAAAUACUUUGCUGAAGCAGGAAAAAGAGGCCCUCAAUCACCGUAUCGUGGAGCAGGCUAAGGAGAUGACAGAGACUAUGGAGAAGAAGUUAGUAGAAGAAACAAAACAACUGGAACUCGAUCUUAAUGAUGAAAGGCUGAGAUAUCAGAACCUUCUGAAUGAGUUUAGUCGCUUGGAAGAACGCUAUGAUGACCUCAAGGAAGAGAUGACUUUGAUGGUGAAUGUGCCUAAGCCUGGACACAAGAGAACAGACUCUACCCACAGCAGCAAUGAGUCUGAAUACACCUUUAGCUCUGAAAUUGCAGAAACUGAAGAUAUUCCAUCAAGGACAGAGGAGCCAAGUGAGAAGAAGGUGCCUCUGGACAUGUCAUUGUUCCUCAAGCUCCAGAAGCGGGUGACAGAGCUGGAGCAGGAGAAGCAGGUGAUGCAGGAUGAGCUGGACCGCAAGGAGGAGCAGGUGCUCCGCAGCAAGGCAAAGGAAGAAGAAAGACCACAGAUUAGAGGUGCAGAACUGGAAUAUGAGUCACUCAAGCGUCAAGAACUAGAGUCAGAAAACAAAAAACUGAAAAAUGAGCUAAAUGAGUUACGAAAGGCCCUCAGUGAGAAAAGUUCCCCUGAGGUGACUGCCCCAGGCGCGCCAGCCUACCGUGUCCUCAUGGAGCAGCUGACCUCUGUGAGUGAGGAGCUCGAUGUCCGCAAGGAGGAAGUCCUCAUCCUGAGGUCUCAGCUGGUGAGCCAGAAGGAAGCCAUCCAACCCAAGGAUGACAAGAACACAAUGACAGAUUCCACAAUACUUUUAGAAGAUGUACAAAAAAUGAAAGAUAAAGGUGAAAUAGCACAAGCAUAUAUUGGUUUGAAAGAAACCAACAGAUCAUCUGCUAUGGAUUGCCAUGAGUUGAAUGAGGAUGGAGAGCUGUUGCUGGUUUAUGAAGGGCUAAAACAAGCCAACAGGCUCCUGGAGUCCCAGCUGCAGUCUCAGAAGAGGAGCCAUGAGAAUGAGGCUGAAGCUCUCCGCGGGGAAAUCCAGAGCCUGAAGGAGGAGAACAACCGGCAGCAGCAGCUGCUGGCCCAGAACCUACAGCUGCCCCCAGAGGCCCGCAUUGAGGCUAGCCUGCAGCACGAGAUCACUCGGCUCACCAAUGAGAACCUGUAUUUUGAGGAAUUAUAUGCAGAUGACCCUAAGAAGUAUCAAUCAUAUCGGAUUUCACUUUACAAACGGAUGAUUGAUUUGAUGGAACAACUCGAAAAACAAGAUAAGACUGUCCGGAAACUGAAAAAACAACUGAAAGUAUUUGCCAAAAAAAUUGGUGAACUAGAAGUGGGCCAGAUGGAGAACAUAUCGCCAGGACAGAUCAUUGAUGAACCCAUUCGUCCAGUCAACAUUCCCAGGAAGGAAAAGGAUUUCCAAGGAAUGCUGGAAUACAAGAAGGAGGAUGAGCAAAAACUUGUGAAGAACCUGAUUCUGGAGCUGAAGCCACGUGGUGUGGCAGUCAAUUUGAUUCCAGGGUUACCAGCGUAUAUCCUGUUUAUGUGUGUUCGGCAUGCUGACUACCUGAAUGAUGACCAGAAAGUAAGGUCGUUGCUAACAUCAACAAUUAACAGCAUCAAGAAAGUACUGAAGAAAAGAGGUGAUGAUUUUGAAACCGUCUCCUUUUGGCUUUCCAACACAUGCCGAUUUUUGCACUGUUUAAAGCAGUACAGUGGAGAAGAGGGCUUUAUGAAACACAACACCUCUCGCCAGAAUGAACACUGCCUCACCAAUUUUGACUUGGCUGAGUACCGGCAGGUGCUCAGUGACUUGGCAAUUCAGAUCUACCAGCAGCUCGUGCGGGUGUUAGAGAACAUCCUUCAGCCAAUGAUCGUCUCCGGAAUGCUGGAGCAUGAAACCAUUCAGGGUGUCUCUGGGGUGAAGCCCACAGGGCUAAGAAAGCGAACCUCCAGCAUCGCUGACGAGGGCACCUACACACUGGACUCCAUCCUGCGGCAGCUCAACUCCUUCCACUCGGUCAUGUGUCAGCACGGCAUGGACCCCGAACUGAUCAAGCAGGUGGUCAAGCAGAUGUUCUACAUCGUGGGGGCCGUCACCCUGAACAACCUCCUCUUGCGGAAGGACAUGUGCUCCUGGAGUAAAGGCAUGCAGAUCAGGUACAAUGUCAGUCAAUUAGAAGAAUGGCUACGUGACAAGAAUUUGAUGAACAGUGGGGCUAAGGAAACCCUGGAGCCUCUCAUUCAGGCUGCUCAGCUUUUGCAAGUGAAAAAGAAAACAGAUGAUGACGCAGAAGCCAUUUGUUCCAUGUGCAAUGCUUUAACUACUGCCCAGAUUGUCAAAGUGUUGAAUUUGUAUACACCAGUUAAUGAGUUUGAAGAAAGAGUUUCUGUGUCAUUUAUUCGUACUAUACAGAUGCGUUUACGAGACAGGAAAGACUCUCCUCAACUACUCAUGGAUGCAAAACACAUCUUUCCUGUCACCUUUCCUUUUAACCCCUCUUCCCUUGCGCUAGAAACUAUCCAGAUUCCAGCCAGCCUGGGCCUGGGAUUCAUAUCACGGGUCUGA